CUGGUCUGAAGGAAUACCGUGAUGGCGUCGGCCCUGGAACCCAUCGACGUCGAUGGCAUCAUCGAGAAGCUUCUCAGUGUGCGUGGGGCACGACCAGGGAAGCAAGUGAACCUGUCCGAGUCAGAGAUCCGCGCGCUGUGUGUGCAUUCGCGGGAGAUCUUCCUCUCCCAACCGAUCCUUGUCGAGCUCGAAGCGCCGAUCAAGAUUUGCGGCGACAUCCACGGACAGUACUAUGACUUACUUCGAUUGUUUGAGUAUGGCGGGUUCCCCCCCGACGCGAACUACCUCUUCCUCGGAGAUUAUGUGGAUCGCGGCAAGCAAAGCCUGGAAACGAUCUGCUUGCUCCUUGCGUACAAGAUCAAGUACCCGGAGAACUUUUUCAUCCUGCGCGGGAACCACGAAUGCGCGUCGAUCAACCGCAUCUACGGUUUUUACGACGAGUGCAAGCGUCGGUACAACAUCAAGCUGUGGAAGACGUUCACUGAUUGCUUCAACUGCCUUCCCGUGGCGGCGAUCGUCGACGAGAAGAUCUUCUGCAUGCACGGUGGGUUGUCGCCGGAAUUGAGUCAGAUGGAACAGAUCAAGCGGUUUGUGCGACCCACGGACGUGCCGGACACGGGUCUUCUGUGCGACUUACUGUGGAGCGACCCCGAAAAGGACAUUUUGGGCUGGGGCGAGAAUGACCGCGGCGUGUCGUUCACAUUCGGCCCGGACAUCGUCAGCCAGUUUCUCAAGCGACAUGACCUCGAUCUCAUCUGCCGCGCCCAUCAAGUCGUAGAGGAUGGCUACGAGUUUUUUGCCAAGCGUCAACUCGUUACGUUGUUUAGCGCGCCCAACUACUGCGGCGAAUUCGACAACGCCGGCGCGAUGAUGUCGGUCGACGAAUCCCUCAUGUGCUCGUUCCAGAUCCUCAAGCCCGCCGAGAAGAAGCAGCGAUUUGCAUACCAAGGCAUGCCCGGGAACGCCGCGGGAGGAGGUGCCGCGGCACCGCCGGCUGCCCAGCGACCGGCCACGCCCCCGCGAAAGUAGACGCCGACGGCAGAGAUGAAUGAGAGCAGGAUAAUGGAUAUGAUAUCUGAUUUAUGCUAGUGCAUGUGCCUGCGAAUUAUGGGGCCAAAACAAAGCUGAAGAAAUGGGGAAUAUUAUAAUACGUGUAAAAGUU